AUGUUUAUGGCAGAAAGACGGUUCAAGGCUUUUGACUUGGGAGGACAUCAGAUUGCUCGUAGGGUUUGGAAAGACUACUAUGGUAAGGUUGAUGCUGUUGUGUACCUAGUGGAUGCUAACGAGAAGGAGAGGAGGAGGAAGUCAGUGAGCAAGGAGGAGGAAGUUAGUGAGAAAGUAUGGACAAGUAUGGUCAAGGUGUGUGUUCUGUAG